AUGGUGAUUUUAUGUCAAUUAAUUAGCAAAUAUGUCACGAAUACUAUAUAUUUGUAUAAAAAUAGUUUUGUCUUCAAUUGUCUUUAAUUCUGUCAUAAGAUGUGACCAUUGGAUCCAUUCCACACAUUCUGUUAGUUGUUAUGAACGAUGUUUUGGUGUUCAACGCUGUAUCGAGUUAUGUAUGCGAAGAUUUGGAUCAUCUAUUAGAUCCAACAGACAUACAGUGAAUGAAAACAAAUAUAUGGAUGAAGAGUAUGAUAAUACCUUUGAGAAGCCACAGAUCAGGUCUUAUUCAGAACUGAGCGAAAGUAUUGACACUAAUCAAAGCGAAUCUGUAAUAAAAACCUUCAAUGACAACAUGUAUGACUCGCCAUCACAUUGUGGUCUCAGAUAUAAGACACAAGUUGGUGGUCUGAAUGUGAAUUCACAAUUAGAUUCAUCACAUUUGGGAAGAAUUGUCGGAGGAGAAGAUGCAGAACCAAACGAGUAUCCAUGGCUUGUAAGUCUUCAAAUUAUUAAAUAUGGCACAAAUGGCAGACAUUUUUGUGGGGCCGCUAUUAUCAACAGAUAUUAUAUACUUACGGCCGCACAUUGUACUGAAAGCUUAGUUGGUAAAGAAAGUCGAGUUAUAAUAAAAGCCGGUAUUAAUCGAUGGGAAGAAACGGGUCAAGUGUUAUAUCCCGAGAAGUUUGUUGUUCACAGGGGUUGGGAUAAACAAAAACAAGUCAACGACUUAUCAAUUAUUUUAUUGAAAACUCCUGUUAUCUUUACGACCAAUAGUUUGGGAAAAUAUAUUGUUAAUGCUAUUUGUUUACCGAAGGACAGCCACGAUCCCAAUGGUUGGGCGGAAUUGGCCGGUUGGGGUCAAAUCGGUAGUACAGAGCCCAGUGCUGAUUGGCUUCAAAAAAUAUCACUUCCUAUUUGGAAUCGCGAAAAGUGUCGAUACAAUUACCGCUCAUAUAUGUAUAUCCAACCAACACAUAUCUGUGCCGGUGGUAUGGGUGGUCAAGACUCAUGUAUGGGUGAUUCCGGUGGACCAUUAAUCCAGACCGUGGGUAUCCGUACUUAUAUAAUAGGUGUCGUCUCCUUUGGUAUUCCCUGUGCUGUCAAAGGUCUGCCCGGAGUUUAUACACAUUUAGUUUAUUUUAUGGAUUGGAUUUACAAACAAAUGCAAUAAUUGUGUGAUUUUGUCAACUAU